GUCUCUGCCGCGAGCUGGUGGUGCGAGCCUGGCGGUGGCGGGGCGGCCUCCGGCUCUGGCUGUCCGCUAGGCUCAUAGCAGCAGCGCCCCCGCCCUCCCUUCCUUGCCAGCGUUGGUGACUGCCUUGGGGGCUCUUUGAUUUGAGCUGGGCAGCACCCCAGGGACUGAAUAAGCUUCACAGGUCAAAAGAGAAGAACAAAAUGGAAAAUAUGCUGUUUUGGUUGAUAUGUUUCACGCUUGGGUGGACCAUCAUUGAUGGAUCAGAGAUGGAACAAGAUUUUAUGUGGCACUUGAGAAAAAUACCCCGGCUUGUCAGUGAAAGGACUUUCCAUCUCACCAGCCCCACAUUUGAGGCAGAUGCUAAAAUGGUGUUAAAGAGAGCGUGUGGCAUCGAAUGCCAGAAAGAACUCCCAGCUCCCAGCCUUUUGGAACUGGAAGAUUCUCUUUCCUACGAGACUGUCUUUGAGAACGGCACCCGAACCUUGACCAGAGUGAAAGUGCAAGGUUUGGUCCUUGAGCCAACUCAAAAUAGCACCACGAAAGGAGCACCUGUUAGAAGAAAGAGACAGGUGUAUGGCACAGACAGCAGGUUCAGCAUCUCGGACAAAAGAUUCUUAACCAACUUCCCUUUCAAUACAGCCGUGAAGCUCUCCACGGGCUGCAGUGGCAUUCUCAUCUCCCCUAAUCACGUUCUAACAGCUGCCCACUGCGUUCAUGAUGGAAAGGACUACAUCAAAGGGAGUAAAAAGCUAAGGGUAGGGUUGUUGAAGAUGAGAAAUAAAGGAGGUGGCAAGAAACGUAGGGGAUCGAAGAAAAGCAGGAGAGAAGCGAAUGGUGGUGACCAAACAGAAGGUAGCAGAGUGAAUCUGAAGGAGAGAGCCAAGGCUGGAAGAAGAAGAAAGGAAUCCACUCGGGGUCAGACGGUAGCUGAGGGGAGGCCCUCCUUCCAGUGGACCCGCGUCAAGCAUACCCACAUUCCCAAAGGCUGGGCUACCGGAGGGAGGGGGGACGCCGCCUUGGACUAUGACUAUGCUCUUCUGGAGCUGAAGCGCGCUCACAAAAAGAAAUACAUGGAACUUGGAAUCAGUCCAACCAUCAAGAAGCUGCCCGGCGGGAUGAUCCACUUCUCAGGAUUUGAUCACGAUAGGGCAGAUCAGCUGGUCUACCGCUUUUGUAGUGUGUCGGAUGAAUCCAAUGAUCUCCUCUAUCAGUACUGCGAUGCGGAGUCGGGCUCCACUGGCUCCGGCAUCUAUCUGCGUCUGAAAGAGCCAGACAAAAGGAAUUGGAAGCGCAAAAUCAUCGCGGUCUAUUCAGGCCACCAGUGGGUGGACGUCCAUGGCGUGCAGAAGGACUACAACGUGGCUGUCCGCAUCACUCCUCUCAAGUUCGCCCAGAUUUGCCUCUGGAUUCACGGAGCUGAAGCUAACUGUACUUACGGAUAACAGAAGCCAGAAACCAUGGAUUGUCUCAAUGGCAGAGAAAACCAAUUCUGAUUAUUGUAGCAAGGUCACUUCACAGGUUAUGCUCGGGCUUGAACCUUAUCAGAUAGAGUUUCAAUAUUCUUAUAAAUGUACUUUUUUCAAAAUUAGAUUUUCAUACAUUUAAAAAUGUUUAGGUAAAGACUGAAACUAGAUGGGCAUUUCAAUGCUAAGUGUAUAUUCUUAUAUUCUUCUUUACAUGGUGAUAGCUUCAUUCAUUUGUUGGAAAAACAAUUUUUUCUGCCUUUUUAAAAAUUAGACACUUUUUAAAACUUUAAGCUAGUACUAUAAAUAAUAUGUGAUUUCACAAUGGACUUAUUCUCAGGGUCCUACUCUAAAAAGAAUCUAAUAGGAUGCCAGUUGCAUAUUAAAUGUGAAACUGCAUAUACAGAGGUAGACAAUAACAUGUAAUUAGAAUCAAGUUAGGCACAAAAAUUUACAAGAGUUAGUAACACUCUGAGAAGGACCCAUUUAGUUCACUCCCUCAGUGUUUAAUACUGUGUUUUUGUUGGGUCUCAGAAACUUCAGUUUUUUGUUUUUUUUUUAAAGGAUUACAAGGAACAGCAAACCUUAUCAACAAAACUGUUAACUAUUUUACUGCUUUAAAAAGUAUCAGCUGAAGUAUGUAUUAUAUGAAAAUGAGAGAAAUACUUUGUUCUAUGAAAUAAAUCUAGUUCAAAAAUAGGGAAGCUGAGACAUUUUAAGAACUGAAGUUUUUAUUUAACUAAUAUUCAAAAUAUGGACUUUUCAUGUAUACAUAGGGAAGACAGUUCCAAAAUGAUAAGUGAUCAUGCAUCGAAAGGCACAUCACUUUAUGCUACACAUUCUCCUAUGUAUGAGAUGUUAAAAUUUUAGGACAAGGAAUUCUAGUCUUUUUCAAAAGACAGCCUUUUUUUCCCCUUGACGAAUUUGGCUUU